CCAGCAGCCACCUCACCAGGAUGAACGGGACAGCCAACGUCAACCCUGCUGGCCGCAGCCACUACGUCUCUGCCAUCCCAGUGCCCCGCACCGUGGCCCACAGCAAGCCACAUGCCGUCGCCCCCCCGAGCAUGCCGGGGCCCCCUGUCCCCCAUGGGGCUCCGUCUCCCCGGCCAGGGAAGGUGCUGGUCCCCAGCCCCAAGGCCCUCAAGCCCAAAGGCACUGGCAGAGCCACCCGUCGUGAGCUGGCAAAGGGCAGGGAGGGCAGCCCUGGCAUUCCCCCCCGCGGGGGACAGAAAGCCCCAGCGAGACCCCUGGUGUCCCCUGGGAAGUGGCCAGAGGUGGUGGGCAGCAGGAGGAGAGGGGCAGGCAGGGUGGGGGAGCCCACCGAGCUGCCCAAAGGCCCCCCAGCACAGGGCAGGGGUGGGGGAUGGCCAGGGGUGUCCCCUGGGAAGGGCAGUGGGGUGGCCACAGCGGGGACAGGGGAUGAGCCGCAUGGUGGCUCACAGGGCAGGGGCCCCAUGUUUGGGUCAGGGACCAUCACCUUCUCCUCAGGCCCCUCACACAGCCGUCCUGUCACCGCCACCGUGGCACCCUUCCAGUACCGACUGCAGGAGGACCAGGAGGAGGAAAGGGCCACAUCCCCGGGUGACGAGUGUCCUGGUCCUGUGGAGGGACCUGACCCUGACCCCAAAGCCAGAGGCCUGAACCCUGAGUCCCAGAGGAAGAGGACAGUGCAAAAUGUGCUGGACCUUCGGCAGAACCUGGAGGAGACCAUGUCCAGCCUGAGGGGCUCUCAGGUGUCUCACAGCUCCCUGGAGAUGACCUGCUACGACAGUGAUGAAACCAACCCCCGGAGUGUCUCCAGCCUGUCCAACCGCUCCUCCCCGCUGUCCUGGCGCUAUGGGCAGUCAAGCCCGCGCCUGCAGGCGGGGGAUGCGCCAUCAGUCGGGGGGACCUGCCGCUCUGAGGGCACCCCCAGCUGGUACAUGCACGGUGAGCGGGCACACUACUCGCACACCAUGCCCAUGCGCAGUCCCAGCAAGCUGAGCCACAUCUCCCGCCUGGAGCUGGUCGAGGCGCUGGACACCGAUGAUGUGGAGCUAAAGUCAGGCUACAUGAGUGACAGCGAUCUGAUGGGGAAGACGCUGACAGAAGAUGACGACAUCACCACAGGCUGGGAUGAGAGCAGCUCCAUCAGCAGCGGCCUCAGCGAUGCCUCUGACAACCUCAGCUCGGAGGAGUUCAACGCCAGCUCCUCGCUCAACUCCCUGCCCUCCACCCCCACUGCUUCACGCAGGAACUCGACCAUAGCGCUGCGCACGGACUCUGAGAAGCGCUCACUGGCGGAGAGUGGGCUGAGCUGGUACUGUGAGGGUGAGGACAAGGCACCCAAGAAGCUGGACUACGACAGCAGCAGCCUCAAGAUGGAGCAUGGCUCCUCCAAGUGGCGGCGGGAGCCCUCAGAGGGUGGCGAGGAGGGGCCCAAGGCUGGUGAGCUGAAGAAGCCUGUCAGCCUGGGCACCCCGGGCUCCCUCAAGAAGGGCAAGACUCCUCCAGUGGCCGUGACCUCCCCCAUCACCCACACGGCUCAGAGCACCCUCAAAGUGGCAGGCAAGCCUGAGACCAAAGCCACCGACAAGAGCAAGCUAUCUGUGAAGAGCACAGGCCUGCAGCGCUCCUCCUCUGAUGCUGGCCGUGACCGUAUUGCUGAUGCCAAGAAGCCUCCAUCAGGUCUCGCACGCCCCUCGGCCUCCAGCUCCUUUGGCUAUAAGAAACCAGCUCCUGCCACUGGCACAGCCACUGUCAUGCAGGCUGGGGGCUCGGCCACGCUCGGCAAGAUCCAGAAGAGCUCUGGCAUCCCUGUCAAGCCGGUCAGUGGGAGGAAAACAAGCCUGGAUGUCUCCAAUGCAGCCGAGCCUGGCUUCCUGGCCCCAGGGGCUCGUUCCAAUAUCCAAUACCGCAGCCUGCCCCGGCCAGCCAAGUCCAGCUCCAUGAGUGUGACCGGUGGCCGUGGCGCGAACCGGCCAGUCAGCAGCAGCAUUGAUCCCAGUCUGCUGAGCACCAAGCAGGGCAGCAUCUCGGUGUCGCGGCUCAAAGAGCCAUCCAAGAUCAGCGCUGGCCGUGGCACGCCAGCCCCUGUGAACCAGACGGACCGUGAGAAGGAGAAGGCCAAAGCCAAGGCGGUGGCGCUUGACUCUGAGUGUGGGACGCUGAAGAGCGUUAGCUCACCUGAGAGCACCCCGAAAGCCCAGGCCAGCCUCCCACCAGCGGCCAAGGUGGCCGAGCUGCCCCCCACACCUCUCAGAGCGGCUGCCAAGACCUAUGUGAAGCCUCCCUCGCUGGCAAACUUGGACAAGGUCAACUCUAACAGCCUGGACUUGCCCUCCUCCAGUGAGCUCCAUCCCCCACACACUGCCAAGCUCCAGGACUUACACCCAGCCAGUGGGCACCUUGCGCCCUGCUUCAGCCCCAGUCCUGCCCCCAUCCUCAACAUCAACUCAGCCAGCUUCUCCCAGGGCCUGGAGCUCAUGGGUGGCUUCAGCGUCCCCAAGGAGGGCAGGAUGUACCCCAAGCUCUCAGGCCUGCACCGCAGUAUGGAGUCCCUGCAGAUGCCCAUGAGCCUGCCCAGUGCCUUUUCAGGGGGCAGCACCACCACCACCACCCCUGCUGUCGCACCCCCUGCCAGCACAGAGGAGGAGGAGGAGGAGGAAGAGGCAGGGGAUCUGGGCUGGAGUGGGAGCCCCCGGCUUGCACAUCUGGACAGUGCCAACCGUGACAGGAACACGCUGCCCAAGAAAGGGUUGAGGUACCAGCUCCACUCCCAGGAGGAGGCCAAGGAGCGGCGCCAUUCGCAUGCCAUCAGCAGCGGGCUCCCCGAGUCGGAUGACCAGCAGGACCUGCCCUCACCCCCUGCCCUCCCCAUGGCGCUGGUCGGGAAGGGUCCACUUACCAGCAUUGUGAGCCCCACUGCCACUGCAACUCCACGGAUCACCCGCUCCAACAGCAUCCCCACCCACGACUCCACCUUCGAGCUGUACAGCACAUCCCAGAUGGGCAGCACCCUUUCCCUGGCCGACAAGCCCAAGGGCAUGAUCCGCUCGGGCUCCUUCCGGGACCCUGUGGACGAUGUUCAUGGAUCGGUGCUGUCCCUGGCCUCGAGCGCGUCCUCCACCUACUCCUCCCAAAUCCGCAAGCUGCGCCGUGAGCUGGAGUCCUCGCAGGAGAAGGUGGCCACACUGACGUCCCAGCUAUCUGCUAAUGCCAACUUGGUAGCAGCUUUUGAGCAGAGCCUGGUGAGCAUGACGUCCCGUCUGCGGCAUUUGGCUGAGACCGCUGAGGAGAAGGACACGGAGCUGCUGGACCUGCGAGAGACCAUUGACUUCCUGAAGAAGAAGAACUCGGAGGCCCAAGCUGUGAUCCAGGGUGCCCUGAACGGCACUGAAAUCACCCCCAAAGAGCUACGCAUCAAACGGCAGAACUCCUCUGACAGCAUCUCCAGCCUCAACAGCAUCACCAGCCACUCCAGCAUUGGCAGCAGCAAGGACGCUGAUGCUAAGAAGAAGAAGAAGAAGAGCUGGCUACGCAGCUCCUUCAACAAGGCCUUCAGCAUCAAGAAGGGACCCAAAUCGGCCUCAUCCUACUCGGACAUUGAGGAGAUUGCCACACCGGACUCAUCGGCCCCCUCCUCUCCCAAGCUGCAGCAUGGUUCCACAGAGACUGCCUCGCCCUCCAUCAAAUCCUCCACGUCCUCCUCUGUGGGCAUUGACACAGCUGAGCUCUUCCAGGCCCACGGUGAGGGUGAGCCGGAGAAGAAGGAGGUGUCAGAGCUGCGGUCAGAGCUGUGGGAGAAGGAGAUGAAGCUGACGGACAUCCGCCUGGAGGCCCUCAACUCAGCCCACCAGCUGGAGCAGCUGCGGGAGACCAUGCACAACAUGCAGCUGGAGGUGGAUCUCCUGAAGGCUGAGAAUGACCGGCUCAAAGUGGCUCCGGGACCGUCGGCAGUGCCAGGCUCCGUUCCCAGCCACGUCAUGAGCACGUCGGCCUCCUCUUCACCGCGGCGCUCCCUGGGUCUCACCCUUGGCCACGCUUUCAGCCCCAGCCUGGGGGAUGCAGAUGUGUCCCCCAUGGACGCUGUCAGCGCUGGCAUCCAGAAGGACGAGCUGACGCUGAGGAUUGUGGUGCGCAUGCCGCCCCAGCACAUCAUCAAGGGGGACCUCAAGCAGCAGGAGUUUUUCCUGGGCUGGACCAAGGUGAGCGGGAAGGUGGACUGGAAGAUGCUGGAUGAGGCUGUCUGCCAGGUCUUCAAGGAUUACAUCACGAAGAUGGAUCCUGCUUCCACGCUGGGCCUCAGCACUGAGUCUGUCUAUGGCUACAGUAUCAGCCACAUCAAGCGGGUCCUGGACACAGAACCGCCAGAGCUGCCACUGUGCCGCCGGGGCCUGACCAGCAUCGCUGUGACUCUCAAAGGCUUGAAGGAGAAGUGUGUGGACAGCCUAGUGUUUGAGACGCUCAUCCCAAAGCCCAUGAUGCAGCAUUAUAUCAGUCUCCUGCUGAAGCACCGGCGGCUCAUCCUCUCGGGACCCAGCGGCACAGGCAAGACCUACCUGACCAACCGCCUGGCUGAGUACCUCGUGGAGCGCUCGGGUCGGGAUGUCACUGAGGGCAUUGUCAGCACCUUCAACAUGCACCAGCAGUCCUGCAAGGACCUGCAACUGUACCUCUCCAACCUGGCCAACCAGAUCGACCGGGAGACAGGCACAGCAGACGUGCCACUGGUGAUCCUCCUGGACGACCUCAGCGAGGCGGGCUCCAUCAGCGAGCUUGUCAAUGGUGCGCUCACCUGCAAGUACCACAAAUGCCCCUACAUCAUUGGGACCACCAACCAGCCUGUGAAGAUGACCCCAAACCAUGGCCUCCAUCUCAGCUUCAGGAUGCUGACCUUCUCGAACAAUGUGGAGCCAGCCAAUGGCUUUCUGGUACGCUACCUGCGGCGGAAGCUGCUGGAGUCGGACACAGACAUCAAUGCCAAUAAGGAGGAGCUGCUGCGUGUGCUGGACUGGGUGCCCAAGCUUUGGUACCACUUGCACACCUUCCUGGAGAAACACAGCACCUCUGACUUCCUCAUUGGUCCCUGCUUCUUCCUGUCCUGCCCCGUAGGCAUUGAGGAUUUCCGGACUUGGUUCAUUGACCUGUGGAACAACUCCAUCAUCCCUUACCUGCAAGAGGGGGCAAAAGAUGGGCUCAAGGUCCACGGGCAGAAGGCAGCCUGGGAGGACCCCGUGGAGUGGGUGCGGGACACCCUGCCCUGGCCAUCAGCGCAGCAGGACCAGUCUAAGCUGUACCACCUGCCCCCACCCACUAUUGGGCCCCACAGCACCGUUUCUCCUCCCGAGGAGCGCACCGUCAAAGACACGACACCCAGCUCCCUGGACUCAGACCCUCUGAUGGCCAUGCUGCUGAAGCUCCAGGAAGCCGCCAACUACAUCGAGUCUCCGGACCGCGAGACCAUGGUGGAUCCCGACCUGCAGUCGACUCUGUGAGGCCCGGACAUGCCGGCCCAGGCAGAGGGGAGCUGCCGCCAGGCACCGCUCCCGCCAGGCUGCUCUCCUUUUCCUUUGGUGUCCCGGAGUGCAGGGCUGGCGAGUGAGCAGAGAGGAACUGGGGCUCCAGCACAUCCCAGUGGAGCGUGGGGAAGCUCAGCCCAUCCGUGGGAGAGCGUGAGGUGCCAUCUCCCCUCCUGACCCUGGGGGUAGGAGAAUCCUGGUUUCUCUUCUUGUUUUUUUUUUUCUGUCUCUAUUGCAAACUCUCGGGCUUUGGGGCCAGGGCGACUGAUGUGGCUGAGCCCCGGCUCCCGGGAGCCACAGGAAGGCCCCUGCGUGGGGCAGGGACCCCGUGGGAGCCACCUGGGCCAAAGCUGGGGGCCGCAGGAGGAGCGUGUGGCUGCAGGACGAGAGUGUGGGCAUGAGGGUCUCCAGCUCCCUCUCCACCCAGCCAGGUGUAGCCGAGGGCAGGCGACGAGGGAGCCACUGCUGUGGGAAGCGCUGGCCGAGGAGGAGUGCGGCUCUCGCUCCUGUCUUUGUACGUUCCCUGUUUCACCUGCAUGGCAGCCGCUGCAACCAGGACAGCCCAAUAAACCCUGCUUUGGUUAUUUUAUUUUGUUCCCCCCCCUCCCAUUUUCCUUUGGCCGAGUCCAGACUUCACUUUGGUCCCUUUUUUGUUCUGGUUCUUCACUCUCCUGGCCUGGAGCCUGUGGCCCGGUGCCCACUGCUUCCCUGUAAGCAGCACUCUUUCCCUUUGGUUUCUUUUGCAGCUGUUGGUUCCACCACUCAAACCACCUCUGUCACAAAACUGGUGCUCACUGGACGAUCUCCAGUCCCUGAACCCACCUUCUGGGGCCUCACAGCUUGGCUGAGAGGGGACUUGGCAGCUGGUGGCAGCAGGAUGCUCUCGGAGCAGCCCCUCACCCGGUGGCUCCCCCAUCCCCAGAAGCACCAAGUCAGAGUCUGGCCCUGGGGCUGGGAUCUCCCACCAGGUCAGCAUGCCAUGGGGCAUCCCCCUCUGAGGAUGCUGAGGCCUGGCCAUGGGGAGGGUGCUGCUGCCCCAUCCCUGGGCAGCUGGAUGCCUGCUCUGUCCCCUCAGUGCUGGGAGGCAUGACCUGCUCAAUGUCCCCUCGGUGCUGCCAGGCCUGGGGGUGCAGGUUGGUGAUCCAUGCCUGGGGGUAGUCCCCAUGCCACUGGCUCCCCAAGGCCCUGUGCCUUCCUGUGCCCUAUGGCCUGGGAGGGUCUCGCUGUGCCCCAUGUUGGUGCUCUGGGGACUGCUAGGGCUGCUCUGUGUCCUCUUAGUCCUACUGUGCAAUGCCACAGGCAAGGCUCCUGGCACGGAGGGGAUCAGCCCCGGUGCUGCCACGGUGCCUUAAUCCUCAGCCGUGCAGGAAGGGGGCACGUGGGUCUUGGGCUAGCGCUGUCACAGCCUGCUCCAGCUGCAGU